AGUCUCAGAAUGUUGGCCAUCGCUCUCCUAGCCUUUCUUUGUGUCUCAGCCUCUGCCAAUGAGAUUCAGGCCAAGUCCUCCUCUUAUAAUGGGGAAUAUGGAGGUGUUCAAGGAAAGCGAUUCAGUCAUUCUGGCAACCAGAUGGAAGGCCCCAUCACUGCCAUCCGUGUUCGAGCCGACACAUACCACAUCAUAGGGCUCCAGGUCCGCUAUGGCAGGGUGUGGAGUGACCCUGUAGGAGGCACCCGUGGAGACUUGGAAGAGAUCUUUCUGCACCCUGGGGAAUCAGUGAUUCAGGUGUCCGGCAAAUACAAGCACUGUCUCAGGAAGCUGGUCUUCAUCACAAACAUGGGCCGCCACCUGUCUUUUGGAGGAGAAACAGGCAUAAGUUUCAAUGCUGUUCCUUUGCAUCCUAACAGUGUACUUCGAUACAUCAGUGGCCGAGCGAAUAACUACAUCACUGCCAUUGGCCUGCACUGGGCUACCAACCCUAGUAACCAUAACAACUGCUGAGCCCUUGGCUUCUUGUUUGCCAGGGACACUGUGUGAGCACUCCCUUGGUACCAGCCCUAUGAAAACAACUUAAUAAAUGCACAUGACUAAA